UGGGCUCUUGGGAUGAAGUUUGCUAUCGAUCAGAUCAACAAUUCCACUUCACUUCUCCCAGGAGUAAAGCUGGGCUAUGACAUGUAUGACACCUGCUUUGAGCCAGUGGUGGCCUUACAGCCCAGCUUGCUAUUUUUGACCCGAAAUGGCACAACAGGCAUCGGAGUACUGUGCAACUACACCGACUACCAGCCUCGUGUGACUGCUGUGAUUGGACCACAUAAGUCAGAUCUCUGCCUGGUAACAGCCAAACUAUUCAGCUUCUUCUUGAUCCCACAGGUCAGCUACGGAGCCAGCAGCGAGAAGCUCAGCAAAACAGAAUUGUACCCAUCCUUCUACCGUACUGUUCCCAGUGAUAAGAACUUGGUGGAAGCUGUGGUCCUGCUACUGAACAAGUUCGGAUGGAACUGGAUUGGCAUCAUUGGAAGCGAUGAUGAAUAUGGCCAAGGAGCUCAGAGGCUCUUCUUAAGCAUAGCUGGAAAUCACAGCAUCUGCAUUGCGUUCGAGGGACUAAUUCCUACAGACCUUGCAGACCCCAAAGCCAAAAACCAACUGGAAGAUACCAUUAAGUUAAUUAACAAGACCAAAGUCAACAUCAUUGUCCUUUUUGCCUUUAGUCAGUCAGCCCAGGCCCUGCUGGAACACAGCAUCAGGAUGGGACUGAGCAAGAAAGUCUGGAUUGGCACUGAAGCCUGGAUGUUGUCUGACAUAGCUGCCUCCAUCCCAAAUAUUCAGAGCAUUGGGACAGUCUUAGGCUUUAUUAUGAAAGCAGGCACAGUCCCUGGCUUCCAGAAAUACGUUGCCGACCUCUUUACCUCUGUUCAGCAGGAUAAAUUUUGCCAGGAGUCUAGAAAAUUCAACCAGCUUAUGAACUCUGACAUGCUGGACACACAUUGCAAACAGUGUGACCACAUCUCGCUGCAUGACAUCUCAUCCAUGCUAAACCGCCCACAAAUACAACCAGUGUACGUCGCAGUCUACAGCGUGGCUUAUGCACUGCACAGAGCGCUGGGGUGCACCCACCAAGCGUGUCCCAAAGCAUCCAUCAGAUCUUGGCAGCUGCUGCAUUUCAUGAAUACCCUCCCAUUCAAGGUGAAUGGCCAAAGUUUCAGCUUUGAUCAAUUCCAUGGCACAAACACUGGCUACAAGCUUAUAUUCUGGUCCUGGAAAAACGGCACCCUUACGUACCUGCCUGUAGGCAACUAUGAAGAGUCCUUGUACAUCAAUAAGUCCCAGAUUCAGUUUCACACUGCAGAUCAAAAGGAGCCUACAUCAGAGUGCUUCAGACAUUGUAAACCAGGACAACUCAGACAAAUAAAAGGAUUCCACCUCUGCUGCUAUGACUGCACAGAUUGUCCAGAAAACACCUUCUGGAGCACUAAAGACAGCUCUACCUGCACUCCCUGCCUAAAGCAUCAGUGGUCCCCUGUCCGGAGCACACAAUGUUAUGACCGCAACGAGAGAUACCUCUUUUGGAAUGAGCCGCUCACCAUUGCCUUGCUAAUGUUGGUGUCCGUCACCAUAUCCCUGACUUGUUUGACAGCAGUGCUCUUUCUAAAGAACCUUGAGACUCCCCUUGUGCAGGCUUCCGGAGGCAAACUGAACCUCUUUGCCUUGUUCGCACUCACGCUGCUGUGUCUCAGCUGCUGCCUCUAUAUAGGGAAGCCCAGCAACAACCUUUGUAUGAUCCAGCAGAUAGUCUAUGCCCUGUGCCUCAAUGGUUGUUUCUCUACCUUCUUCAUCAAAUCCCUCGAGAUCACCCUUGUGACAGAGUUCCCUCGCUGUGCCCCCACCUUCUUGUACUGGGUGACCCAGAGAAGGGCCUGGCUCCUUGUCGCCUUGUGCCUCCUCACCGAGUGCUUGUUCUGUUUCUGCUACCUUCGCUUGGGCCCUGACUAUCUGGUGUCUGACUACAAGUCACUGCCCACCGAAGUUCUGCUUGUGUGUAACACCAAGUCCUGGUUUGCCUUUGCUCUGGUGCAUGGCUACAACGGCUGCUUAGCCUUUGUCUGCUUCCUGUGCACAUUCAUGGUACAGACUUCUGGUAAGAAGUACAAUAUUGCCAGGGGGAUCACGUUUGCCAUCCUAAUCUAUUUCAUCAUCUGGAUCUUCUUUGUUGCUACUUUUGCCACGCUGAAGACAGUCCUCAGGUCUGUUACUCAGAUUGGUACCAUUUUGUCAACCAGUCUGGGUAUCUUGGGGACCUACUACAUCCCUAAAUGCUACAUCAUCUUGCUUAAGCCUGAUCUGAACACGGUGGAUUAUUUCUAGAACUCCAUCAGAGGAGCCAGAGGAGGACUCAAUAAACAGACAAUAUACCAGAUCCAUUGUCACCUGCUCCGCAGUAGAAGCUGGCUGUAUUUUAAUAAGAUAAUUCUGUUUAUGAUGAGUCUAUAAGCUACGGUCCCCCACACAAUCACCACAUAAAAUACAGUCUUAUCCAGUAGGCUGAAACGCUAGGAACAGAAUUUUUAAGCUGCAAAAGCACAGGGCUCUACUCAAUGAGCUAAAGCAAAAUGCCCCCAGCAGAGUAGCAUCCAUCCUCUCUAUGGCUAACCACCCAUUUCAUCACCCACAAGGAGCCAAAAGCAGGUUUGGUUAAGCAAGCAACCUACAGUACUGAUACUUUAUAUGAAUCUCUCAGGUCUGGCAAUCUGAGCUCACCCAGGCCACUUUCCUGUAAAGACCGCUCAUGAUUUUUACUUCUUAACAACUAGAUAACUGCUCCAGAGAUACAACCAUGAAUCUUUUCCCAGGCCAUGUAAGAACUUUCAAAUAUAUUCAACAGCACAGAAAUAAUAACUAGAAAAACAGAAGGGAAUAAUCUGAAAAGGUAUGAGAUAGACCACAAAUAGAAAUUCUUGUGAUUAACUAAUACUGAGUACCUAUCUACACAGGAUCCUCUAUAAAGACCUUCUAGUGAGCAACAUCAGAAAACACAGCUCCUAUGCAGGUCUCCUCCUGUUAGAUACAGGAGGUAGAUGAUGAGAGGGAGGUAAUAAACAAGAGAGAACCAAAGGUCCUGCACACUGCUCUGUAAUUGCGGUCUGUACACAUUUACACGUGUUUGUGCACUUGCUUUAUUAAAAGUGGAGUCAAUGACA